CUCACAGGCCUGCAAAGGUACAGGCGGAAAUCUGCAAGACCUCUCGUUUGAGACCUCGACUUGAAACGGGCACUCGGUCCCUUCUGCUUCAUGGUGUGGGUGAGAGCAAGUCACAUUGUCCAGUCGGAGUCACAAAGCCAUGAAGGAACAUGGCUUGGUCUUGACCUUCUGGACCCUGCCCAUCACCACCCAGCCCACUAUUGAGUUUGUGCCACCCAGUGCUACAGAAGGAGUGGAUGUUUUCCUACUCGCCCGCAAUCUACCAGGGCAUGCUAAUAGCUAUGUCUGGUACAAAGGGGAAUCUGGGCGGCCCAGUGAACUAGUUGCCUCUUACAUAAUAGCUACUAAUGUGAUCACCAAGGGCCCUGAAUACAGCAGUGAAAUGACAAUCUACCCCAAUGGAUCCCUGCUGAUCCAGAAGGUCACUCAGGCGCACAGAGGACCCUACACCCUAGAAGUCACCAAGAACAACUCGCUAACAGAAGAAGUAACUGGACAUCUUUCCAUUCACCGAAUCAAAGCUACCACACAAGGCAAAGUUCUCUCUGUUACCCACACAAAGCGGUUACCCAAACCCCACAUCACAAGCAACAACUCCAACCCUGUGGAGCACGAGGACACUGUGGUGUUAACAUGUGGACCUGAGACUCCGGAUACAACCUUCCUGUGGUCCAUCAACAGCCAGAGCCUCCCGGACAGCAACAGGCUGCAGCUGUCCAAGGACAACCGGACCCUCACGCUACUCCGUGUCACCAGGACUGACACGGGGCCCUAUGUGUGUGAGACCCGGAACCCAGUGAGUGCCCGCCGCAGCGACCCUCUCAGCCUGAAUGUUCUCUAUGGCCCGGACACCCCCAUCAUUUUCCCCCCACGAUCUUACUACCGUCCAGGGGCAGCGCUCAGCCUCUCCUGCCAUGCAGCCUCUAAUCCGCCCGCACAGUAUUCCUGGCUGAUCAAUGGGUGGUACCAGCAAUCCACACAGGAGCUCUUUAUCCCCAACAUCUUUGUGAGUGACAGUGGCGCCUACACCUGCCUGGCCCACAACAACGCCACUGGCCUCAACAGCUCCACAGUCAAGAAUAUCACGGUCUCUGAGUCAGCGACUCUGCCCUCCAUCCAAGCCAGCAAAACCACAGUCACUGAAGAUAAAGAUGCCGUGAUCCUGACUUGCCUCACAGGAGACACUGGGAAUUCCGUCCUGUGGCUCCUGAAUAACCAGCGUCUGCGGCUCACAGACAGGAUGACGCUGUCCCAGGACAGGAGCUCCCUCACCAUCAGCCCCGUCAAGAGGGAGGAUGUCGGGGAGUACCAGUGUGAAGUCUUGAGGCUGGAUAUUUCCAGCCAAAGUGACCCCAUCACGCUGACUGUGAUUACAGGAGGUGAUGCCACAGGCCUCUCUGCAGGAGCCAUCUCUGUCAUCGUCAUCGGAGUCCUGGUCCUAGUUUUGCAGGUAUCUGCCCUGGGUCGGCUCCUGUUGCUCAAAUUUGGUAGAAGGCUCCCACACCCGGCCCUGCACCAGCUGUUCCCAUCUACCAUGAGUGACAACAACCCGACACAAAUAGCUCCUGCUGAAUCAAUUCCAUGGUACAAGUGGCUCCUUAGUUUGUUCCAGGAACUGCUCCAUUAGUGCUGUGGCAGGUCCCCUGAGACCCCAGACCCUAGUAGGGUCAGAGCUGGAACCUGAGUCAGAGAACAAGCUCUGAACCAUGAGGGUAUUCUGAAAUAUGCCCAGGUCUUUGUCCCACGAUUUCUGGAGACCCUAGCAGGCUGCCCUGUGCCCUGAAUAGACUAAGGUUCCACCCCCCUGAAAAUGUGUGUGUAUGGGGUUGGGGGCAGGUUUCCCAGGGGAGUCACCCAUCACAGACCACCUGAGGGGGUCUGAAUAAAGA